CCAAAGCCGCCCGCAGAAGGGUGCGGAGCCAGAAUGAAGAGGCCUCAUGUGGGGUUCAGUGAACAGCCACAAGCCAAAUAAAACAAAAUGGUUUUAAGGCUCCUCAUGGACAUCCGGGGGCUUUUGGCUCUCCUGCUGGCCGCCUGGAGCUCCUCCGCCUCCGCCUUCCCCCACCACCUGGCCCAGCUGAGCUCGCGGCGCAGCAGCUGCAAGCCCGUGCCCAGCAGCAUGAGCCUGUGCCAUGGCGUGGGCUACAGCGAGAUGCGGCUGCCCAACCUGCUGGGCCACGACACCAUGAAGGAGGCGCUGCAGCAGACCGCGUCCUGGGUGCCCCUGCUGACCAAGCAGUGUCACCGCGACACCAAGAAGUUCCUCUGCUCCCUCUUCGCCCCCGUCUGCAUCAACGAGCUGGACGAGCCCAUCUUCCCCUGCCGCUCCCUCUGCGAGGCCGUCCGGGACGGCUGCACCCCCGUCAUGGCCGCCUUCGGCUUCCCCUGGCCGGAGAUGCUCAACUGCAGCCGCUUCCCUCAGGGCAACGAGCUCUGCAUCCCGCCCCUGGGCCAGGAUGACCGGCUGGACCGGCUGCCAGUCCUCCGAGAAGAUGGGGUGUGCACAGCCUGUCUUGAUACUGGCCAUAGCGAGAAGGAAUUCCUGGAAAAUGCCUGCAGCCGGGAUUUUGCUAUAAAAAUGAGCAUCAAAUCUGUGUCCGGCGUCGAAGGGGACCUGAAAGUGGUUCCGGAGCUCCGCGGCCGCACCCUGUACAAACAGGACGGCUGGUCGGAAGAAGAGCUGAAAAAGCCGGUCCUGUGGCUGACCAACGGAGAGGCCUGCUCCUGCCAGGAGCUGGCGGGGGCUCCGGGAUCCGUGGUCCUGGCCAUGGGGCACAGGGUUGCUGGCCAGCUGGUCAUCUCUUGGGUCAGGAGGUGGCGGAGGGGGGAGAAGGAGCUGAAGAAGUUCUCCAGGGUUGUGCGGAAGCUGCAGUGUUAGCGGCAAAGCCUGGCUACGCGGCCCCUCCUGCCCACCACCCACACGUGGAUCUUCGUGGCUCAAGCCAGAGACUGCUCCAGGUUUUUGCGGGCCCUUGAUGGGCAAAGAGCCCGGGGGGCCCUGUUGGGAGGUGGGCCCUCAGCAGGGGCCCACCUAUGCCGAGCCUUGAUGCCAGACUACCAAAUAAUGCCUGUAAGUUUUGUCUGGCUCUUGGCAGCCACCCAGGUAUUUUCGUUGCCAUUAUAUUAUAGCACGUUGGUUUUUUUAAUUGUUUUCCUUUAAUUGGUUUCCAGUCCAAGUUUCCCGUUAGUUCUUCCCGUUGUAUUUCUGUUUCUCUGUCUUAAAUUCCAUUAGCUCCUUAAUUUUCAUUGCUUGUGUGCGUGUAGGCACCCUAACUGCAUUUGCCAGUUAGGUCUUGGCUGAGUGUCUAUAUUAGGGUGACCUUAUGGAAAGGAGGACAGGGCUCCUGUAUCUUUAACAGUUGCAUAGAAAAGGGAAUUUCAG